UCGCCACUACCACUUCACUUCCACGCCCGAAUUUACCCUUUAUUUUGAAUAUCGAACAUGUCUUCCGCAUUGCACAGCCUCAAAGACAAGCUCUCUGGCUCUAAGGAGGGCGAGCAGCAAGUCGGGAUCCAGCCCCAUCCUGCUAAGACCAACGACCCCUCCGAUCUUGCCCCUCAGCCCGGAGGAGGCCUCACCUCCAAGCCAGAGCUUCAGGCUCACCAUGCCCGGGACCCGCACGUCCCUAGCCCUCAGGUUGCGGCGAAUGUCGAGGAACCGAAGAGCCGCGAGGAGCUUCGUGCCCGUGCUGCUGAGCUGAACAAGUAGAUGCUCUGUCACCCCACUCACCCUGAUAUUGAUCGGCUGUAAUCCCUUGUGCGAGACAAUGAUGUGGAUUGUAAGAGUAUAAUGAAUCGUGAUUUGUAGUAGCAGAUAAUAGGAUGGACGCCCGUUUGGGAGAAUGUAUAUUGGAUGCCAGCAUAA